CUUGUCUUGUUUACCUGAGAGCUGAGCUGAAGCACAGUCAGCCAUCAGUUCAGUGUUUUCUGAAGAUGACGGACCUGAAAGCAGAAAAUAUUAGUUCCAUUCCUGUCGACGGCUUCAGCAAUUUAAGAAUCACGUCAAUAUGGACGUUUCUCAUGUCUGUGCAAUGGUCGGAGCCUUGGCUUAUCGGGCUAUUGGUGUUUCAUGUUGUGUGUUUGUUUCUGACGGUGGUGACCUGCAGGUUCUACAGAGCUCAGAUCUGUCACUUCCUGCUCAUGGUUGGCAUGGUGUAUAGUGCUGAAUAUCUGAAUGAACUGGCAGCUAUGAACUGGAGGUCUUUUUCCAAUUUCCAGUACUUUGAUUCCAAGGGCAUGUUCAUAUCUUUGGUUUACUCGAUUCCUCUUCUGCUCAAUACAGUCAUCAUUGUGAUGGUGUGGGUGUACAGGACCUUUUCCACUAUGACUGAGCUGAAGACCCUCCAGUUGAAGCGAAAGGCCCGCAGAGAGAAGAGAGAGAAGAGUGACUGAUCCCUCUGCCUAUGUCCGUAAAUGGACUUUUCUGAGAGGAGCUUGAGAAUCUCUCCUUUGCUAAUCCUGAAUUUUGGAGGUGGAAGGCAGAUUCCUUCUUGAGACUGUAUAAAGGAUUGUCCGUUGAUGUCAGGACUGGAUGUCUUGUUUCUUGUAACGGCUGUUGGAUGGUGCUGCUGAACUCGCUGUACACUAUGAGGUUUACGAGGACCAAAGGACAGUUACUGUUUUCUAAUUAAAGUUGUUUUAAAGUGAGUUAAAAUGUACAAAAAAAAAAAGAUAAAUCAUUUUUGAAUUAC